AUGAGGCUACGAUAUAUUACCGUUUUUGAUCCAUCAAGAUCCACCAACGAAAAUGACACUUUCAAGCAGUUAUUACUGUUUCACUACUUUGGCAAUACUGAUUCAGUACCUUCUCUGAAUGAAAAACUGUCCACCAUAGGAAUAAUCCAGGGCAUUUGGUCCCUUACAAGUAGUGAUGAUCAGCUUAAAGAUUCAGAAAAAAUGAUUGAGCUAAAUAAUGAUAUUAUUCUCUGUAUCAAAGUUGAGUCAAAAUUUUUUAUCAGUUUAGCAAUUUCGAAUACUGAUGACGAUCACGGCACAAUACCCUUCCAAUAUUUCAAUUCUUAUUUAUGGCUUAGCUACAAAUUCUUCAAACUACUGAACGGGCCCUUCGCCGGAUUCAGCAGGGACUUUAAUAAACUAACAGAUUUAUUAAACGAAUUCGUUAUUCCGUUCUGGAAUGAUAUCUACCUUAAUUUGGAAACCGUAACAAAUAGGUCAUUUACCGUUAUCUGGCCUGACUUUUACAAAAGAGCGGAUUUCCAGCAUGGAACCUCUAUUCCAAUAGACAAAAACACUGACAAAGAAGCAUGGGAUACCGUAAUCUUACAAAAAAUUCUGCUAGAUAAAAAGAGUUACCUAGGAAUCAAGGACAUUUUGGUUUAUCACUUGCCAAAAUGCACCCGCGCACAUACUAGAGAAUCUAUAGGAACAAAAACUUACGGAUUAGUACGGAACUUCAGCAGUGAUCUAAACACAUUGCCAGAUAUUUCCAAUUGGCUAUACCAUCUGCAUCACACCUAUGGUGAGAUAUCAAGCCAUAUCCUAACAGGAAAUGCCCAUUUCAAACAGGACCUACAAUUAGAGGAGGAACGAGAACGAAAUCAAACCACAGACGAAGGACAAGAAGAAGAAAUAAUAGUAGAAGAAGAAGAACGACAACAACAACGACAACAACAACAGCAGCAGCAGCAGCAAGAAGCUUCACAAAAUCAUACAAAGGGACUCUCUUUAUCCGAAAGAAUGAUACGUAACGUAACACUUCCCAUUACUUUUGCAUAUGACGCUAUACAUGAAGUGAGUACUACAACUGGCGUUUCCAGUAGCUUAUCUAUGAUAAUGGACUACGUACCCAGGCCCCAUUGGUCGUUUAUGUCAUCAUCAUCCGACAAAAGCACCAGCAAUAAUAAAUACUCGAGUAAUCAUGGUAGCUCAAAUGCAAAUACCGCACUGAUAACAGAUUCAGAAAGCAUGGGGGGAACAAUAGGUAACUCAAGGUUCGGGUUCUUAGUAUCACCAUUGAAUUCCAACCUGUUACCACCAUCAUACCAAGCUUUAAAACUGAAUUUGAAGUUUGAAAACUCAAAAGACAAUGAGACUUUUUAUAACUGUUUAUUUUGGUACUUUGAUGAUUUUUUGAUCGUAAUUGUAUGUGAUCCAAGUUUCAGCAGAGUGUGGGAAAAUGAUUAUCUGAAAGACCUGAACUUCCAACUAUGCCAAAGCAUGAAGCGUUUGAAGAGCGAAAUUUUCAAUUUAAAAGAUUGUGACACCAUGGAGUCUUUCGGAUAUGUGAUCAGGGACAGUAUCACUAACGAAAUCGAAUCAUCCAUUCCAUUUGGGUCUCCCAAAAUGUCUUCAAACGAAAAUAUCUCAACUUUGCAGUUAGCAAUAAAUGGCAUAGAUCAAUUCAUUAACGACAAUUCAAAUUCGAUAUCAUUAGCCAAUUGGAAUCCAAUAACAAUUAUGGGCGGUUUCAACACUAGCAGUAGAAACAAUAUUACACAAGGUAGUGAAAAUGAGGAAGACGAUAAUAAUCAGGCACUCAUAAGGAGAUAUUUGAAUUUUUUGAAUUUAAUGAGUACAGAAAAGUUAUGGGAUUUACAGAUUGAUAUCUUACAAUUUUUGGGCAGUUUACAAAACUCAAAAAGAGAUCCAGAAUACUUUCAGGAGGAAAGAUUAUUGAAAUUAAACAAUGGCAUCUUGUGUUACAUCAAAGAAACGAAUUCGAAAUUGGUUAUUAUCAUCAAAAACUGGUUUCAACAUGAUGGAACUACGAAGGCUGUGAAACAAAAACACCAUUCCAUUUCAAAUGCUAUUCAGAAAAGUUCGUUGUUUCAAAGUCUAGGUCGUGACGUGAUCGAUUGGUGGGAAUCUAGAGAGAUUUAUUAG